AUGGCGGAUGACGUUGAAUAUCCUCCCAAUUGCUUGCCCAUACUCUAUACCAAUGGAAUCAGUGAGCUCGUCAAAAGGUUGAAAAUUUUAUCAGAGGCCCUGCAAGCAUCCGAUACAAACGAUGAGUGCGGUCAGCCGGAUCGUUAUCGCACCUUAAUAUGCCAUCUUUCGGACAGCCGCUUCCUUGCCAACAGUAGCAAAGAUGUACAGAUUUGGUUGGCAUGCUGUCUGGCAGAUAUUCUUCGCAUUUUCGCUCCGAAUGUACCACUGGGAGAUCCCACUCAGUUGAAGGUGAGCAACUACGAACUCUCUGGAUCUAUUGUCCACCUCGUUGCUUUUAAGUUGAAACAUGCAUUUGAGAAAUCCGAGAAGCGUCAGAUGAAAGUGCUGCUAUUGAUGAUGACGGAGAAGACAAAAGCGAAAGCCGGGAUAAGGCAAGUGUUUUGCUCCCGUGUGAAUCUGAAUUUCUAUCUAGUAUUUCAGGUUAUUGCUCUUCUAAUAGGGAUCAUCUCAAAGUUGCUGAGAGACGUAGACCAAGUUUCCGCAGAGAUACUAGAUGUGUUAUUUUUUUAUCUUAUUAACCCUCAAAAGGUACUUUCUCAGACCUUUCACUUCUUUGUGAGGUUAUAUUUCCUUUUGCUAAGAGGGCAAAUCUCAUGUGAGUAUCUCAUUUCUAGUCCUAAAACAUUUACCAGUUUGAACCAGAUAACGUUGAAAAGUGAUGGAUCAGCUGCGAUUACAACUGUUUCAAUGAUUGAAGUGAUUAGUCAUUUUUCGUUUUUUUUUUCAGCUGCACUUGGUAGCCUCACUCGUGAUCUUGAUGACUCUGUCCGCCAUACUGCUGUUCUCUGCAUCAUAGAAACCGCGAGAAAGAAACUAGAAGCAGUUAACGAGUCGCUCAUUGUCGCUUGUUGCGAUCGGAUGAAGGACAAAAAGCCGAAGGUCCGUCAGGACGUUAUUACUAAACUCCUGCAUCUUUACUACAAAGUGGUAAUGGGUGAUGAAUAUACCAUGUCGGAGAUUGCAGCUGUUGCGAUCAUCCCGAAGAGAGCUCUAGCCUUGUAUAUGUUAGCUACUAAAAUAGAAUUACCUGGUGCUGUUUACUACUUUUUCAGGCUGAUGAUAGAGCGUUAUUUUUCAUCGUAUAUAAUUCCCUACAAAAUGGAAAUGCCUAAAAGGGUUAGAUCGAUGGUUGAUUUAUUCGAUAAGUUGGAUGAAUUCGAGGCUCAAGUUUUUGCCGAAAUUGUGACGCGAUCGUCACGUCAUCGUCGGAUACUGCGAGAAAUGCUUGAAAUCAUCUCAAGACAAACAGCAUCUGAUGAUAAAGCUCAGUUACAAUCCAAAAUCCAACGAAUUAGCAGCACUCAUCAUGAUCCAGCCGGGGUGAGUCACUUUACUUUCAACUGCCACAAUUACCAUCCUAUUUCGUUGUGGUCUGAUCGUUGA